AUGUCGAAACCACGAGUGAUCUACUGGUUCCGGACCGAUUUAAGACUCCACGAUUCUCCAGCUCUCAAAGCCGCAUUGGAUCUCAAGCCAGAAUGUCUCUACCCUAUAUGGACUUGGGAUCCGCAUUACGUUUACCGCGCUCGAGUAGGCCCCAAUCGCUGGCAGUAUCUCCUGGAUUGUCAAAACGAUCUCUCCAAGUCGAUAACCAAGCUCAACCCAAAGUCGAAACUCUUCCUUAUUCGUGAAGCACCGCAAACGUUGUUACCCAAGCUCUUCAAGGCAUGGAAGAUCACACAUCUGGUUUUCGAGAAAGAUACCGAUGCAUAUGCAAGAGAGCGGGAUGAUAAGGUGACUGAACUUGCAAAGAAAGCCGGGGUUGAAGUCAUCAUGAAGACCGGAAGAACCUUGUACGAUCCUGAUGAGCUGGUCAAACAUAACCAUGGAAAACCCACCAUGACCAUCAACCAGGUGCAGGCUGCAGGAAAGAAGAUUGGAUCGAUUCCAAGACCUAUCCCCGCUCCCAAGUCUCUGCCCGACCCAGGAAAGACGGAUCUGAAGUUUGAUCAGGAAAGACCAGAAAGCGAGCCAGACAUCAACGCGAUCCAAAGAGACGGCGAAGAAGCUUCGUACUCUGCUCUCGCAGGACCAAAAGGCGAUUUCGCAGUACCAACAAUGGAAGAGCUAGGCCUGAAGCCUGCGACAACCUCGCACCGGGGCGGCGAAACGGUAGCAUUGCAAGCCCUCGACAAAAUCAUAGCGGACACAGACUACACAGCAACAUUCGAGAAGCCGAAAACCGCCCCGACCGAUUUCGAGCCCCAGUCCACAACCCUCCUCUCCCCACACAUGCACUUCGGCUCCCUGAGCUGCCGACUCUUCUACUGGCGCGCCCAAGACGUGGUGGACAAGUACAAGGGGAAAGCUUCACAACCACCCACCAGUCUAACAGGUCAACUCCUCUUCCGCGACAUGUACUUUGGCGCACAAGCAGGGCUAGGAUACUCCUUCGGCCAAACAUACAACAACCCACACUGUCGCUUCAUACCCUGGCACCUACCCUCUAAAAUCGACACCAAAACCAAUCUCAUCACCGGCGAGUAUCUAGUCGACAACGCAGAAGCGGAAACACAUUUCCAGCGCUGGAAACACGGUCGAACGGGAUUCCCCUGGAUCGACGCGCUCAUGCGUCAACUUGCCCAGGAAGGCUGGAUCCAUCACCUUGGUCGUCACGCCGUCGCUUGCUUCCUCACGCGGGGUGGUUGUUACAUAGACUGGGAGCGCGGCGCCGAGGUCUUUGAAGAAUGGCUCAUUGACCAUGAAGCUGCGUGCAACAUCGGGAACUGGCAGUGGUUGUCUUGUACAGCGUUUUUCGCGCAGUUCUACCGAUGCUACUCGCCCAUUGCCUUUCCACAGAAAUGGGAUAAAGAGGGUGAGUUUGUGAGGAAGUACGUGCCUGAGCUGGCGAAGUUCGACAAAAAGUACAUCUACGAACCGUGGAAAGCGCCGAUUGCGGAUCAGAAGAAAUGGGGGUGUUUGGUCAAGGGGGAUGGGUCGGAGGAGGUGGGCGAAGGUAAGAUGAAAGUCUAUUCGAAGCCGAUGUUUGAUUUUGCGAAGAGGAGGGAGAUUUGUAUCCAGGGUAUGAAGAACGCGUAUCACGUUAAUCUGUACGGAAACUCACCGCAGGUUCUCGAUGGGACGUGGCGUAAGCUCUUUGAGGAUAACGCAGAGGGACCGACGGGAGGGACUAAAGGGCCGCCGGGCGCGAUGGUCAAAGAGGAGGACCAUGAAGACGCUGAUGGUCAUGAAGAGGAUACGCAUGUAGACGAGCCGCCGAGCCCAAAGCAAGCGAAGAAGAUGGCGGUAAGGAGUGAGAAGAAAGCGGGACAUAAAAGAGAAGCGAGUCAGGGCACGCUGGACGGGAUGGUGACGAGGAAAAAGAAGAAGGAUGGAGAAGUCUUUCCUAAUGACACACACUUCGGGUAG